CCAAGCUCCGCUUCCUAUCGGAAUAUGGAGAAGGUAAAAGGCAAGGAGUGGACCCCCACAGAGAAGGCGAGGGAAGAGGAUCAGCAGGCUUCUAAUCAACCAAACACGAUUGCAUUGCCGGGAACAUCAGCGAAGGGGGGAACCAAAGGGAAAGUAUCUGUCAAAGGUGACAAAGUGCUCUGCCCCAAGAAGAAGGCAGACUAUGAUAACCCCAGACCUCAGAAGAAGAUACCAAUCCCUCCCUUACCCUCUAAACUGCCACCUGUUAAUCUGAUUCACCGGGACAUUGUUCGGGCCUGGUGUCAGCAAUUAAAGCUGAGCACCAGAGGCCAGAAACUGGAUGCAUAUAAGCGCCUGUGUGCCUUUGCUUACCCAAACCAAAAGGAUUUCCCUAGCACAGCAAAAGAGGCCAAAAUCCGGAAGUCAUUGCAAAAUAAAUUAAAGGUGGAAAAAGGGAAAGCGUGCCUGCAGAGUUCUGGGACACAGCCUCCUCAAGUGGCGCUUCCCCCUGCAGAGGGGCUGCCUGCUCUGGAAGGGCCCACUGCUCUCCUUGAGGGAGUUAAUACAGUUGUGGUGACAACUUCUGCCCCAGAGGCUGUGCUGGCCUCCUGGGCAAGAAUUUCAGCCAGGGCAAGGACGCCAGAGGCAGUGGAAUCUCCACAAGAAGCCAGUGGUGUCAGGUGGUGUGUGGUCCAUGGGAAAAGUCUCCCUGCAGACACAGAUGGUUGGGUGCACCUGCAGUUUCAUGCUGGUCAAGCCUGGGUUCCAGAAAAGCAAGAAGGGAGAGUGAGUGCUCUCUUCCUGCUUCCUGCCUCCAGUUUUCCACCCCCGCACCUCGAAGACAAUAUGUUGUGCCCCAAAUGUGUUCACAGGAACAAGGUCUUAAUAAAAAGCCUCCAAUGGGAAUAG